ACUGUGAGUCAGUCUGUUGGUUUCCAUUCGUCGUCCGUCUGGAAUGAGCUGAAGGAGCAAAUGGACAGAGGGGAAAGACGGGGAGGAGGAGGAGAAGAGGAGUAAACAGACAGGAGUGAAGAGGGAGAAGAGGAGUAAAGGCGAGGAGGAAUCAAAGGGAGGCAGAGAGAGGAGUAAAGAAGAAGAGGAGGAAGAGGAGGAGCAGCGUCUGAAGAAAACAGGUGAUUGGCUGCUGACAGAUGGAUGAGUGACAGACAGACAGACAGUCCAUCCUCUCUGUGUUCUAUUAGGAUGGUGUCCAUUAAAGGACAAACAGGAAGUGUGGUGCACUUUCUGCUGGGUGUGUUGCUGCUCCUACCUGAAGGGGGCGUCGUCUGUCUGGAGCUGCUGCCGUCACUCUCUGAUGUCCAGCUGAAAGAAAAUGCCAGCUUUACUGUGGUGUGUUCUGGGUGGAGUCAGGUGUCAUGGCAGUUACCUGUAGAGCCUCAGGAGGAUGGCGUUGUCGUGGAGAAUCAGGGCUCAAGCAGCGUCCUGCGGCUCAUCAAUGCCACAUGGAGGAAUUCUGGGAGAUACAGCUGUGAGGAGGCAGCGUCUGACCAGACCAGAGACAUCGACAUCUUCAUACCUGGACAAAGUCCUGAUGAGUGGUUUGUCCCGGACAGUCUACGUAUGGUGAUGAAGCACUCAGAGGAGGGCACCAUCCCCUGCGUGGUGUCUGAUCCACAGCUCAGCGUUGUACUGUUUGAGCGUCCGGGCAGGAAGCCUGUUACCGGGACAACAUAUGAACCGGGGCGUGGCUUCACAGGACGCCUUAACGACACGUCGUACUUCUGCUUGGCCACCCGUGGGGAUGAAGAGAAAGAGUCGCAGGUCUACUAUGUCUACAGCAUCGUAGUUCCAAAGGUGAUGAAGGUGGAGCUGAUGGCGUCCAGCACGGUGUUAAAGGUGGGUGAAGCUCUGACUGUAAACUGCACCGUCAAAGGCACAGAGCUGGUCUUCUUCUCCUGGGACUUCCCACGCAAACAGGACCUCGAACCACUCACAGACUAUCAGCCCAAUCGGGUCCGCUCUUUCAUCAACAUCUCCAUGGUUACGCUGGCAGACUCCGGUGUGUAUGCUUGUAUUGCUCAAGAAACAACACAAGGGCAAACAGCGGAGAAAAAUAUAACAGUAACAGUACUGGAUCGAGGUUACGUUUAUGUGCAGCCCAUGGGUGACACAAACGUAUCAUCUCUCCUCCAUCACACGGUGGAGUUCAGUAUGGAGGUCGAUGCCCACCCUGCCCCCACUGUCCAGUGGACCAGAGACAACCAGAGCAUCGCCACAGAACCCUCUGUCAUCAGCACCACUCACCUGACAGGCAGCAGGUAUGUGUCUACGCUGACGUUGGUUCGAGUGCAGAUGGAUCAGGCAGGAAGUUACACCGCGACUGUUUCCAAUGAAGAUGACACCAGUGAGGUCGUCUUUGUCCUGGAGGUCAAAGCGCCCCCCAGGAUCACGUCACUGUCUGAGGUCGGUAGUCGGUCGGUGCUGUGUGUCAGUGAAGGAGCUCCGCCCCCUUCUGUCACCUGGUACACCUGUCAGGGUACACACAGGUGCAGUAAUGUGACGGGUGGCUGGAGGAGCCUAUCAGCAGGUUCAGAGGGAGUGGUUCUACAGGAGAACGUUACAGAACUGGACGACAAACGACUCACGCAGGUACGCAGUCUGCUAACUCUGCAGACUCUCAGCUCUUUGUCAGCUGUUCGCUGUGAGGCCAAAAAUUCUGCAGGACGUCGGGCCUGGGACCUCAGACUGCUGACCACCUCUCUCCUGUCUCAGGUCACGGUUUUAGCAGCGGUUCUGGUUCUGGUUGUCCUCGCUGUCAUCUUCCUCAUCAUCCUCAUCCUUCUGUGGAGAAAGAAACCUCGUUAUGAAGUCCGUUGGAAGGUGAUUGAAUCUGUGAGUCCUGACGGUCAGCAAUACACCUACAUAGACCCCGCCCACCUGCCCUACAACUCCACCUGGGAAGUACCAAGAGACAACGUAGUACUGGGUCAGGUAUUGGGUUCAGGUGCGUUUGGUCGUGUCGUCGAGGCAUCUGUCUCUGAUCUAAUUCAGUCUAAUUCUACGACUAAAGUGGCUGUGAAGAUGGUCAAACCCAACAGUGGUGCGGUUCAGUCUCUGAUGUCGGAGUUGAAGGUGUUGAUCCAUCUUGGUCCUCACCCAAACAUCGUCAACCUGCUGGGAGCGUGCACCAGAGGGGGUCCUCUUUACCUGAUCACAGAGUUCUGUCGUCAUGGCGACUUAGUGAACUACUUGCAGAGGAACAAACACACCUUCCUGCAGAAUGAUACACAUGGAAAGAGUGAAAGUGACGGUGGAUACAUGGACAUGAAUCAGGAGGAGAGCAUUCAGUACGUUGCCAUGCAGCAGCUCAGCUAUGCCGAUAUUGAACCUGCCGUGUACGAGACACCCUACAAACCUCCUGACAACACAGACCAGCAGGGGGCGCCGCCUCACCUCAGUGACUCUCCUCUCCUCAGUCUCAGUGACCUCCUCAGCUUCUCCUUCCAGGUCGCACAGGCCAUGGACUUCCUCUGUUCCAAAAAUUGCGUCCACAGAGACCUGGCAGCGCGUAAUGUCCUAAUAUGUGAAGGGAAACUGGUGAAAGUCUGUGACUUUGGUUUGGCUCGAGACCUGCAGAAGGACCAGGACUACGUCGCCAGGGGCAACAGCUUCCUGCCAGUGAAAUGGAUGUCUCCAGAGAGUAUUUUCCAGAACAUCUACAGCUGCCAGAGCGACGUCUGGUCCUAUGGCGUCCUGCUGUGGGAGAUCUUCUCACUGGGUGGGAGUCCAUACCCUGACCUCCCGAUGACUCAGGAGUUUUACUCAGCCAUGAAGCGAGGAUACCGUAUGGCCCAGCCUGACCACGCCCCCUCUGACAUUUAUGACCUGAUGAAGCAGUGCUGGGAGGACAAACCCCAGUCCAGACCUUCUUUUUCCUCAUUGGUCGUCUCAGUGGGAAACAUGUUAAGUGACGAUUUCCGAAAGCGCUACCUGCAGCUGACCAAAGACUUCCUGAACGGUGAUAAUCCAGCUGUGGUUCGAUCCAGACCAGGUCUGUCCAGACGAACAGAUGAUCAGGCGGACAGACAGACGGACUCACAUGAUGAUGGCAUUCCUCAGGUAAAAGUUCACCUGUCGGAGGCGGAGCCAGAGAGGGCUGGCCCCUCAAACGGUACUUACAUCAUCCCCAUCUGUGACAUCACCAUAGAAACCAAAGAGGGCACAGCGCUGGACGCAGACAGCCCUCAGCUCUCCGACUCGCUUCCAGACUCAAACUCCCAGGAUGCUUCAGGUGAACAGGAAGUGACAUCCUCAGAACCCAAGCAGGAUGCCAAGGAACCUGAAGCAUCCUGCAGCCGUGAGGAAGAGGAGGAGAGCUGCCUGUGACAGGUCAUCUGCCUGACAGUCUGAGAUGAGGGCAAACAUAGGCAAUAGGCUUUAAGCAGGAGUUUAACCAGCUGUGUUUGUUUUUUAUAUUGCCAAUGCCAACGGGAGACACAAACACCCUUUCAGUAUAAAAUGAAAGGCCCCUUGUUGUGUCCUUGCUUUAAUCGUGUAGUGUUUGUGUAUAUCUGCGUUAUUAUCUGCUUCUGUUUACUUACAUAUUACAUGACAAUAAACAUUAAAGUCAUAUUUCUUUUCAGUCAA